ACAGAGUUUUUAGGAGUGAUUGCUCCACUAGAGAAGUGUAUGAGAAAGGAGCUAAGGACGUUGCGAUUUCAGUAGUCAAUGGAAUUAAUUCAAGUGUUUUUGCAUAUGGACAAACGAGCAGUGGAAAGACAUUCACGAUGACUGGAAUAACCGAGUUUGCAAUAGCUGACAUAUAUGAUUAUAUACAAAAGCACCCAGAAAGAAAUUUUGUGUUGAAAUUCUCGGCUAUGGAGAUAUACAAUGAAUCUGUUAGGGACCUCUUAAGUGUAGAUACUACUCCACUAAGACUCCUUGAUGAUCCUGAGAGAGGAACCAUAGUUGAGAAGCUUACCGAGGAAAUUUUGAAGGACUGGAAUCAUGUGAUUCACCUCCUUUCCAUAUGUGAAGCUCAAAGACAAAUUGGAGAAACAUCCCUUAAUGAAAUGAGCUCCAGAUCCCACCAGAUUAUUAGACUGACGAUCGAAAGCUCUUCACGUGAGUUUUUAGGCAGGGACAAUGCAAGCACUCUUACAGCUACUGUG